UUCUAAAAAACCUAGUCCUUUAUCAAAACCAGAGAAAAAAGCCAAGAAGAAGGCAUGGCGAGAUCACCAUACUAUGGCUCAUCUUACUUAGACUACCUCGCUCUCCCAAACCCACAUCUCUGUUUCUUCUUCAUCGUCGUCUUUUUCGUGUUGUCCCUCACAUGGUACUUGAACUACGAGUCCAUCAUCGAAGACACCCUGGACCAGCUUAAACUCGUCUUUAUGUUCACCCCUCUCUUCCUCCUCCUCCUCGUCCACUUCUUCUCCGGCGGCCUCUCCUUCUACGUCCCCUGGCCUGAACAAGACUCCAUUCACCGUGCUGGUUCUUCCCCUUGGGGCGUAGCAGCCGUGCUCGUGCUCAUAUUGUUCAUGGUUUCGUACCAGUCAGAUUUCCAGGAGAGGUGGUUCCCGUUUGGGGCUAAGUAGAUCGAUCAAAGUUUAUGAUGACCAGCUUUAGUUAUUCUCUAGCAAGAUAUGGAUCGGCCAUGUAAAAUAUCAAAGUACCUGAGUAAUAUGGUAAUAGUAGAUUAUAUGUAUUUUCUUAAGAUCAUGAAGAUUUAGUCUUUCAUGUGAAAUAUGUGUAGUAAUUAAACUUUUUUCGAAGGU